AUGAGCUCCCGAUCAACUCCACGACGGAGAAAAGUCGUCUCGACGUCCCACGCGCUGGACCUUCUAAACAACUUAAACGCCAACAACAACAACAACGUCACUCGCCAGCCAAAGUCCAGCGCCCGUACCCGUACCCGCGCCCGCUCGUCCCGUCGCCGCAAGAUCGACGACGUACCAUUUCCCCAGAGUGAUGAUAUCUGGGAAGUCCCCGAUGAUACAAAUCAUGAUCGAGCUGGACGCGUCCCUGCGUCGGAGCCCUUGACUCCCCGUCGAUCGUCGACUCGGUUGCUGGCGAAAUCGGGUGGGAAAACUACGUCCUUGAGAAAGGCUACGCGUCGCGCGAAGGUGAAGUCUGGUGGGAAGGAGGGGGAGAGGGAGGCAGGUACUGAGCCUGAGCGUGAAUCUGAGCCUAGUCCUGAGCCUCAGCAAGAGUCUGGAGGGUACUCUGAGAAUCACCACGACAAAGAAGCGGAGGAAUACACCGGCCGGGUUGAGGAAGACCAGGGGAGUGGUGAAAGUGACGCGAACUAUGUGGAUGUUGUAGAGGGCCACGGAGACAAUGGGUUUCCCCAACCUGUGCUCGAUUCGCCUCAUAACGUCCCUCAGUCGAACCGACUUUCUCCCUUUGAUAUUCAAAAACGGGUGUCAGAUCUAAGAUUAGCUCUACAUGAGAGAACGGAUGAGAGUGGCGAUAGAUCGAGAGAUGAAUCGCAGCAUGAGCCUGAAAGUGAAUAUGAAACGCCGCGCGAUCGAUCACCAGAGCAGCCAGAUGAGCCACGCUCUGGCUCUGAUGAUGCUGUCAGUGCUCACGAACAUCAGAGGAGCUCUCCCCCCGUCGGUGUCGUAAAUCCUGUUACGGUCAGGAGCUCUGUGGGCAGGGCAGAAUCGUCAGCUCGUUCGCCAGAGUCCUCCAGAGGGAAUACUCUACCGGAGGACACCUCGCAGCAUUCGCAUGUACAAGGAGAAUCAGGGGGCUUGGCUGAUGGAGUGGAGCUCGAUGAGGCAGAGGAUGGGGGCGACCGAGAAGACCACACAAGCAUCGCCGUCGGGGACAAGUCUUCGGUUCAUGGUCCAACGGAUGAUGAGGGCAGCGUGAGAGAUCGCCCCAUACGACCUGGGUUGUUUAGGUACGAAAGCGACCCAGAGGACCUGUCUACGCCGCCAAGCAAAAGACGUCAAACCUCGAAUCAACAGCCAGUCUCAGAACGUCAAGGACGGAUUCGUCGAAGAAGCAUUGAGACGUCUCGAGCUGUCACCUCGAACAAUCACGAAGACCAGACCGAGCCUCUACAACCCCGUCACAGCCCAAACGACACCGAACAAUAUGCUGAGGAUAUAUCCGACGAUUACUCCGAGGAUGAUUUCGACGAGGAGGAGGCAUGGUUGCACCAGGCACUCAAAAUGGCUGGCCAGAAGAACAACUGGGACGCUUUGGUGGUUCAAGCUCACCACGUGCAAAAAACCGAUAACCCUUCUAUGGCCGAAUACUUUGAUGACUUUGGGGAUCUAACUUCCACAUUACAACAGAAAUAUAUGGAGAUUGUAGGCUACCUAAACGCCGGGCGUGGACCUCGCCACGCGACCGUGCGUGAAUGCGAUGAGCUCCUGAACGCAAUUCGCAGUGAUGGGACCACUUCAGUGGACUAUAUCGUCGAGCAUAAAGACGACGAACCAGAAACAGGCCGACCCAGCAGUGAAGAGACGCUGGACGAAUUUGAAGCCUGUCUGGUAUCAGGAAUGAUGGGCGUGUUGCUCGCCUGUUUCGAAGCUUACUGCAAGGAAGACGGGCUCUUUCCCAAAGCCUACGAACACCUGCACCGGGUGCUAGAUGUGUUUUUACGACUAUGCUACAAGAUCUACUGUGUAGUCGAUGCGGGUUACGUGGACUCUGAGAACCGUAGCCAUAGUCUGCAGCUCCCGCUCAAGAAACUCAUCAUUGCGUUAGAGAAGGACUUAUUUAAGGGCAGCGCGCCGCAACCGGAGCCUGUGCCAGCCAUGUCCAUCAAGCAUGGGCGGAGAUGGACCGACGACGAGGGGUGUGCUCUUCUCGAUGGAUUGCAGCGUUACCAGGGUCGGGAUCGCUACGCUCGAAUCUUAAAACAUUUCGGGGAUCGGCUCCGCGGGCGGACGAUCCGGGGUACGCGCGAAAAAGCGAGACAGUUGCAUGACAAGCUUCUGUCGACGGUGGUCAACCCCGAGGUCCUCCAGACGGAGGAAGGACGGCAACAGUGGUACUGGCUCCUGAGUGUGCGGGAGGAGUGA